AUGAUUUAUCAAUACUAAUAUGACAGUGGUAACUCUUCAUUAGCCUGUAUGAAAAUAGUGGGUGGCGCAAUGCAAUAUAAACAAAGGUGAUAAAUAGCACAGUGACUUUUCUUCUAUAUAAAAGACAAUCAUUAAAGAUUACUUGGACGUAGAAAAAAACGGAAAUGAACUCUAAUCUUAUCUCAUAAAGAAAACAUUUAUAAGCCAUCCAUUUGAGCACAUAGCACAUUCAUCAAAACAUUUUGAAUAAACAUAAUACAUACUUCCAGCGCAACGAUAAAUGCCGACGUUGAUACUAUAACAGUUGGGGAAAAAUUUAAAGCAGUGUGGUAUACGUGGCGUUCAGCAAUUUGUUUAUUCAUUAGCUCACAGAAAAUACACACAGAUCUAGUUUCCAAAAGAACUUAUAUUUGCGAUGUGUGGAAUUUUUGCUUAUCUGAACUACUUGACUCCGCGCUCAAGGCAGGAAGUGUUAGAAUUACUUUUGAAUGGACUUAAGAGGUUAGAGUACCGUGGUUAUGACUCAACUGGAUUAGCUAUUGACGAUCCGGAGGCCGACGCUCAAAGUAAUAGCAUAAUUAUAGUGCGUCGUACUGGCAAAGUGAAAGUUUUGGAGGAUGCCAUUGCAGAAAUAUGUAAUAGUGAUGCUUAUAAACAACCCAUUUCAACACAUGUUGGAAUUGCACACACUCGAUGGGCUACUCACGGUUCACCAUCUGAAACUAAUUCUCAUCCUCAACGUUCUGAUGAAGAAAAUGCUUUCGUAGUGGUGCAUAAUGGUAUUAUUACCAAUUACAAAGAUGUAAAAACGUUACUGGAGAAACGUGGAUAUUCAUUUGAAUCGGAAACAGACACCGAAGCAAUUGCUAAGCUAAUACAUCAUCUAUGGCGAAAACAUCCCACCUAUUCGUUCCGCGAAUUAGUUGAACAAGCUAUUUUGCAAUUAGAAGGUGCAUUUGCGAUUGCUUGCAAAUCAAAGCAUUUUCCAGGAGAAUGUGUUGCCUCUCGCCGAGGCACACCACUAUUGGUUGGCAUAAAAUCCAAAACUCGUUUAUCCACAGACUACAUUCCCAUUUUGUAUGCCAAGAAGCAGCGCGCGCAUGGUAAAACAUUGCCAGCAGAAGUGUCCUUACCGCCUCGUUUCGAUGACACACCUGCAGAAUAUCAACCCUUGGAAGGUAAAGAAGUAGAGUAUUUCUUUGCUUCGGAUGCUAGUGCCAUUAUUGAACACACCGACAGGGUUAUCUACCUUGAAGAUGACGAUGUCGCCGCCGUUAGAGAUGGCUCGUUAAGCAUUCAUCGGCUUAAAAAAUGCUUGGACGAUCCACAUGCACGAGAAAUUACAACGUUGAAAAUGGAAAUUCAACAGAUUAUGAAAGGAAACUAUGAUUCAUUCAUGUUGAAGGAGAUAUUUGAGCAGCCCGAAUCCGUGGUAAAUACAAUGCGUGGACGCAUGUUUUUCGACACUCGUACAGCUGUCUUGGGUGGUAUCAAAGAAUUCAUACCAGAAAUUAAACGGUGUCGACGUCUUAUACUUAUAGCUUGUGGGACUUCAUACCAUAGUGCUGUCGCUACUCGUCAAUUGCUUGAAGAGCUGACCGAACUGCCAGUAGUUGUGGAGCUUGCAUCUGACUUCAUGGAUCGGCAUACGCCUAUUUUUCGGGAUGAUGUUUGCUUUUUUAUAUCACAAUCUGGUGAAACUGCAGACACGCUAAUUGCCCUGCGUUAUUGUAAGCAACGUGGUGCACUCAUUGUUGGUAUUACCAACACAGUAGGCAGUAGUAUUUGCCGUGAAUCUCAUUGUGGUGUGCACAUCAAUGCUGGCCCUGAAAUUGGUGUAGCUUCAACCAAGGCCUAUACCUCACAAUUUAUUUCAUUGGUUAUGUUUGCAUUAGUUAUGUCCGAGGAUAGGCUUUCACUACAACCAAGGCGACUUGAAAUUAUUCAAGGUUUAGAGAACCUAGCCGAUCAAAUUCGCAAAGUAUUGCAGCUUAAUUCCAAUGUACAAGAACUUGCUAAGGAUCUGUAUUUGCACAAAUCUCUUUUAAUUAUGGGACGAGGAUAUAAUUUUGCAACAUGUCUUGAAGGAGCUUUGAAAGUAAAAGAACUGACGUAUAUGCACAGCGAGGGAAUAUUAGCAGGUGAGCUGAAACAUGGACCUAUUGCCUUAGUUGAUGGUGAGAUGCCAGUACUGAUGGUAGUCAUGCGUGAUCCCGUUUAUACGAAAUGUAUGAAUGCACUUCAACAAGUAACAGCGCGUAAUAGCCGCCCGAUAUUACUCUGCGAAGAAGGUGAUGAAGAAACAAAAUCUUUCUCAUCUCGUGUUUUGGAAAUUCCACGUACUGUGGACUGCCUGCAAGGUAUACUCACAGUAAUACCAUUGCAACUGCUCUCAUAUCAUAUAGCAGUUUUGCGUGGAUGCGAUGUCGACUGUCCACGUAAUCUCGCCAAAUCAGUAACUGUAGAGUAGGUCUACAAAAAAUCUAUGUAUUUACACCAAAAAAGCAUUAACCAAAUUUGAAGUCUAUACCCAAUAUAUUAUGUUAUGUAAAAAUAUGAUAAUAAUCCUAAACUUAUAAAAGAAAACAUUUUACUCUUUUAGUAGUUUUGUUUAUAACUAUUUAUGUAUAUAUUAUUGGUAUUAUCUUAUUAUAUCUGUGACCUAAAUGUUAUACUUCAAUUGUGUAUUCUGUCUUUUAUUUUUAUUAAAUGUAUUACAAUUUCGUGUUCUAUGCAUUUUAACACAAAAUAAACGAAUUGGAAAACCAAAA